AUGGCACAGUUACCUCCUAAAAUACCAACCAUACCCCAAAAUUGGCAACAUUUUUCUCACCAAAAAGUAUCAUCAUCCUCCACAAUGUCAAAUAUCACCUCCACCACCACCACCACUGAUCAUCAACAAAUACCAUCAUGGAUCGACGAAUUCCUCGACUUCUCCUCGGUAAGACGAGGAGCCCAUCGGCGGUCCGCCAGUGACUCUAUAGCCUUCCUCGAGACACCAUUGCUCGAGGAAGACGGAAAAAGUGGUGAUGGUGAUGGAGAUGGUGACUUUGAUAGACUGGAUGAUGAACAAUUGAUUUCCAUGUUCUCCGACAAUGUUGGAGUCGGUGUCUCGUUUCCGCCUCCAUCAACCUCCAAUCCGUCGUCACCGUCGUCCGACCAAAAUAGCAACAACAAUGAAGAGAAACCAAUGGCAAUGGUGUUGGAUUCUGCUGCACCACUGCAAGAACGUUAUCUUUGUCAUGAGGUGAAGCCUAAGGAUGAAGCAGUUGAAGAUGAAAGCUCGUGUAGAAUUGAGGAGGAGGAGGCGGCGGCGCCGCCAUCUUUUGCCGCGACCAUCACCUGCACUGAAACCGUUGUUGAUCCCAAGAGGGUCAAAAGAAUAUUGGCAAAUCGGCAAUCAGCUCAGAGGUCAAGGGUGAGAAAGCUACAAUACAUUUCUGAACUUGAAAGGAGUGUAACAUCUUUGCAGACAGAGGUUUCAGCAUUGUCACCACGAGUAGCAUUCUUGGACCAUCAACGUUUGAUUCUUAAUGUCGACAACAGUGCCUUAAAGCAAAGGAUUGCAGCAUUGGCCCAAGACAAGCUUUUUAAAGAUGCUCAUCAAGAAGCAUUAAAGAAGGAAAUAGAAAGGUUGAGACAAAUCUACCACCAACAAAAUAUACAUAAGAUGGGGAAUUCAAUCAAUAAUAACAGCAACGAUGGUCAUUCUCUUCAAUCACCACCAACAUCACAACCACAACAACACUCUUUCCAUAAUCACUUGGAAUGCAAAGACAAAGAGCAACUUCUCAGUUAA